AGAAGAAAUAACCUAAAAAAAUACAAAAUAAGUCAAUUAUUCCAGUCAUUGUUUUAGUAUUAUUGUUUAUAAAAUAUAUAAAGAACCGUGUUUGAUCUAAAAUAAAUUAUUUAUUCCCAAUGGGAACGUAUACGGUGUAUGAUGCUGCUUAUAAAGGUGAUUUUGAAUUUGUGUCAAAAAAACUGGAAGAAGAUCCUUUGUUUUUAAAUACUCCAGAUUCUAGUAAGAGAUUGAUUAUGCAUUGGGCAGUAUUAAGCGGAAACCUCAAAUUAGUUACUCAUUUAUUAGAAUUAGGAUCUCCUGUAAAUCCAACAGAUGAUACUGAUAUGACUCCAUUGAUCUUAGCAUCUUCUGCAGGACACACCGAAGUUGUUAGAUUGCUGUUACAAAAAUGCGAUGACGUUAAUCACAAAAACGCCCAAGGACAUUCAUCUUUACAAUAUGCUGCGUCUAAAGGAUGGACAGAAAUUUGUGAAGUGCUAUUAGAAAAUAAAGCUGAUAUAAAUAUUGCUGAUGAAAGGGGAAGUACGCCAUUACAUAGGGCGGCUUCUAAAGGACUUAUGCAGAUUUUGAAAUUGUUGUUGAGUUAUAAUAAAGAAAUAAAAAUUAAUAAUAAAGAUAUCUAUGGGAAUACCCCCCUUCAUUAUGCUUGUGAAGAAGAUCGACAAGAUGCUGCUUUGUUAUUACUUGAGCAUGGGGCUGAUAUUGAGUGUAAAAAUAGGGAGGAUAAAACCUGCUUAGACUUAUGUUCCAUCAAAUUAGCUAAGUUACUCAAAAACAAAGUUUCCAAUAACUAAUGCACUAUGUAUUUAAACUGUAAAUAAAUUAUUGAGAAAGCAAUAAAA